AUGAAGAUUCAAUUCCUAUUCCUGGUGCUCGUAUUAUUGGCAGUCUUCAAAGAUCCUGUACACGCUGAUUUCUAUUACAAUCGACUGCCUUACAAGCCUGAAGAUAUAGCGGCGUUAGGUCUUAAAUGUAUGCCUGGUAGAACAAUCAUCAAAGUCGAGGCCCCAAAGAUAAUAGAAAAGAACACGUCUUCUUCCGAAGAAGAAACUCGCAGGUCUCACAUGAACGCGGAAGCUAAGGAUGAGUUGUGCCAGAUCUGCGUGUGUUCUUUGGAAGGAAAAGACGAAUACUGCAGUAAAAGACCAGCCAGGAACGUCAAUGAAUGCAUCAGAAUGACCAUGCUUAAUAAGUAUAGAGAAACACACGCGCCGUACUCACACGAAAAGGCUCUAUCGUAUAGAAUACGACGAGAUUACCUGUGGCAUCGUGACGAAAUCCCAUACGAACCAAAGGCUAGUUGCAAGAGAGGAACUUCUUAUUACAGUAACAGUGUCACCGCAAAUAAUACUGACAUUGACGUGGCGAGUGACAUAGAUUCUCUGUUAGACUACUCCAAUAAAGAAAUCUGCUUCUACUGCGUCUGUUCCACUGACGGUAGACAUGCUGGUUGUAUAAACAGAGAUCCUUGGUUCUGUGAAUACUACAGAAUAAUUAGAGAUCCUCAUGCACCUAGAGAAAACUAUCAACUUCUUUUUAAGCAAGACCGACCAGCGUAUUUCAGACAACUCUCAUAUAGGCUUAGAAGGACCAUGGAUGAAGGCAUCGAUGCCUUUUUUGAUUAUGGUGGUGAUACUUUGUGCUGCAACCACCCAGAUGGUCACCGACGCAACCUGCAUGAGAAAGUGAGGACCAAGAUCAGGCUUAUGAGGAGGAAGGUGCCUAAGGAAAACAUGAUGGGGGGAAAUCCCCAAGGAGAUUACGUGGAUUUUAUAUGUAUAUUAGUGAAAUUAAUAAAUAUUUUAGCAAAUAGAUGUACUGGUUGUGAGAAAUGUUCUUGUAAUGCUGAAGGGGAGUGGUAUUGUGAGACAGUAUUAGAGUGUCCAACCCAAGAAGAUGCUUUGGCUGAUGUUGGCGCCUCCAAUGCUCUGGAUAUGUUUUACAAUCAACUAGGUGAAAUGCCGAAGCCCAAAUAUGUAGUUCCACCUCCACCAAAACCGGAGGAAGAAUUAGUUGAUACGUUAAAAGAUUUGAACGAUACAGGAACAAUACAAGCACACAAAGUAGAAGUUAACAAAGUUCCAAAGAUAUCUCGACGAACAAGCAUGUACGAUAACUUUAAUAGUUCAGAUUUAAACGCAUUGCACAUAGAAUACAAUCAACCUCAAGACUACGAUCAUCAUAUCACGGAAAACAAAAUAGAAACGCAUAGCGGCGAUAAAGUUACAUACAACGAAGACAGAUUGAAAAAGAUUUUGGGGAAUCAAUCUAGGAGUGACAGAGACAAAGUGUUAUCAAAAAUAGUCGUGAAUGAAUUGAAAAAGGGAAGCGAAACGAUUGGUGAUAAAAAUGUACCACCGAUGUCUAAUAUAACAUUCACGCCUGAAAACGAUACAUUAACAGCAAUGACUUACAUCGCUGGAAACUUACUUAAUAAACUGUGGAACAUGGAAAUGGAAUCAACGGACGUCUCUAUGGAAACAGAAGCAUUGAAACAUGAGAAAAUAAACGAUCUCUUAGAAUUAUUCAAAGAACCUUUAAGUAUGAGACAAGAGAAUUUCAUUAAGAGUGCUCUUGAAAAAUUAUCUGACACUUUGACCAAAAACAAACACGUAAAGAACGUUUCGCUCUGUGAAACUAUCACAGAGCAAUCCAGUCAAGAAGAAAUUAUUAAAAGCGAAACGAAUACAACGAAUUGCACUACAGAAAAAUCUACAAAUGUUAAAGGUAAACGGAAAACUGAUGCUCCCAGUCCUACAACAGAAGCUAUAUCAAAGUUAAAUCAUGUGAUUGAUCUGAUAAAGAAGUUUGAAAAUGUUCAAAAUAUGUUAAACGGCUUACAAAGUCAGAACAAAGAAAAUAAACCACCUAAAAAGGUCACAGAAACAAACAUUAACACCAAAAACGAUUCCUCCCUCCAGCUAUUCAGCAAUUUAUUAGAUAAGAUCACAAAACUCUUAGUUCCAAACAAGAACAGUAAAAAAAUAUUAGGGAAACUAAAAGAAUUGAAUCAAUUCAAAAACAACAAGAGCGUUAAAUCUCUUGUUGGUGAUAAAUACAAAAUUGAUAUAAGCGACAAGGAUGUAACAGCGAAGGACAAAGUGAUUUUAGAUUAUUUAGAGCAUAUAGAGAAUAAUCCGAACUGCCUGCUUAAAAAGAAUUUACAUAAAAUUGAUGUGAAACCAACUAUGAAUGUUGAAGGGAACAUACUUUAUAAUCUAUCUGAAUUCCUUAAAGUUAAAUCAUUUAUAGAUCUAGUCAAACUAAUAAAACCCGAGAUAUUAUCAAAACCAGAACCCCAGCAGAAAUUAGAAACGACUACAAUACUACCAGAAACGAUUACGAAAAUAAUAGAAAAUGUUCCCAUGGAUAAAAUACAAAGAAGCUUAAAUGCUACAAAGGACAAAUUGAAAAAUCAUUUAAAGGAUUUAAUGAGUGAUUUAAUAGAAUUACAAAAUGUCCGUGGCAUGAACAAAGAACAGGCGAAAAUCAAAAUAUCGGAUAUACUACCUUGUAUCUAUAAUAUGAUGAAUGGCGAUACGAUUUUCAACAACGACAAGGCUAAUACGCAAUCAGCGUUAAGUAAAAUUAAAAAUGUCGUAGACUCCAUCAAAAUGGAACUGAAUUCGGAUAUUUCGUUACCUACAAGAAGAAAUAAUAUAAUUACGGAGACACCACAAUCAGCGAUAGUGUGGCAAAGAGUUAUUAAGAAUGUAGGUGCGCUGCAACGAAAGUCGCGACGAAAUUUAGGGCAGAACACAGAAAAAUCGUAUGAGGAAUUGAAAAAUAUCAUGGAACAGGUGGAAUUAGUCGGAAACUCGUAUAAAAACUUCGCCAUGCUAACUAUGGUUCCGCCUCAGAAGCAAUUGAUGUUGCUAAAAACUCUAGAAGCAGAUACUAAGUUAGAGAAAAAUGCACUCGAAGCUAUUAUGAAUUCAAUGCAAACUAUUAACAGCUUACCGCUUGAUAAGCGUACAGAAAUAAACGAAUUCAUAGAUAACGCUGACAACAAUAUCAAUUUGAGCGUUAAAGUUCUAAAAAAUAUUGAUAAAUCAAAACAAAAGUACAACGAAAAUCCACUGGUUGAGGUAUUUAACGUCGAUCAAAAUAAGAGACCAAAUAAUGAACAGGAAACCCAAAACAUGUCUGAAAUGAUAGCGCGUUAUAAGAAUAAUAUAAAACUUACCAGAGAUCAGAUAAUUAAACAACUUAUUAUAAAAAGGGUUGAAUAUUACUUGAAGUCUCGUGAAGCUAUUGGCUCAAACUUAAACGACGAUGUCAAUUACAACAUCGGGAAAAGAAUACUUAUAUUGAUGAAAACUGGCAACUAUAAUAUCGCUAAGGAACUCUUUAAAGUAUUUGUGGCUAAUAAACGGAAGGACGAAAACCUUCGCAGCCAAAAUGGAGGAGCAACAAUAAUGAAUGAGCAGAGAACAAAAGGUAGGUUGCUAUUGGCGCUGAAGGAUCCUUUGAUACGAUUCGACGAUCAAGUGACGAAGACGCACGACCAGGAUCAAUUGGUGAAGCAAUUGAUGAAAUUUAAAAAUUUAAGUUAA